AAACAGCCAGUGACGUCAUACGAGUGAUCCGUUGAGCUGCGGUCGCGGAAAUUUUUGAAAUUUAACCGAAGCAUCGACGGAAGAAAAUACUGGUGUAAAAUACCAAACCCGCCGUAUUUCUGAUUCUGAUGCCGCUGGUGUUUAAUAUACGGAUAAGUUACAUCUGAUAUGCUGAUUUCUGCAGUGCAGUGUUAUAAACCCAACCGAGAAGCGUCCUCCAACUGAAGAUAAUAAAGGAGUGUGUUUUUAAAGGUCAAGAUGAGUCGGCGUCCCAGCAGCAGGUAUUCGGAGAUGCCCAUGCGUGUGACAGACAGCAGGAUGAGCCUGAUCAAUGCCACCCCUCAAAAUAAGGACAAUGCAUUUGGGAAGCUUAACAUACCUAAACCUCAGUCCACCACAUCUGAGAGGCGAACCAGCUUUUUUGGAAAAGGCAUUGGGGCAGGUGGCCAGAGGAACAGCAUGUUUGGUAGUUAUGGGGGCUCAGAGAAAAUGAAGGAUCCCAGAGCCCUACAUGACAAAGCUUUUGUUCAGCAGUGCAUCAAGCAGCUUUAUGAAUUCCUAGUGGACAGAGGCUUUCCAGGCAGCAUCACAGUGAAGGCUCUCCAGUCUCCAUCCACAAAAGAGUUUUUAAAGAUUUACGAAUUUAUCUACAAUUUUUUAGAACCAUCCUUUCAAAUGCCUACUGCCAAAGUGGAGGAAGAGAUCCCAAGAAUGCUCAAAGAUUUGGGAUACCCGUUUGCACUCUCAAAAAGCUCUAUGUACUCCAUUGGUGCUCCUCACACAUGGCCUCUGGCUCUUGGAGCUCUCAUCUGGCUCAUGGAUGCUGUCAAGCUAUUUGGUGGUCAAAGAGAGCAGGACCUGCUGUUCUCUGACUUCUCAGAUGAGCUGUGUGAUUUAGAGGACCGAACAGAGUACAACAAGCUCAUUAUGGAAUACUGCUCUGAUACCUACAACAAGUUCAUGCAGGGAGCAGAUACGUUUGAUGAUGAGGAUGACGACUUUCUUUAUAAACUAAAGAAGCUGUAUAAUGUGGAUGAGGCGCUGUUACAUUCCCAACAGGAGAAGCAUAGCAUGCUGAUGGAACAUGUGGAGAGACUUGAAAGGGAGAGCCAAACUGAUCGUUUAGUAGGCAAGAGGACGGAGAAGCUCAGAUUACAGACGGAUCUACAAAAGCUGCAGAACUAUCGUUGUACUCUAGAGGCUCAUAAAACUGGACUGGAGAAUAAAUCUGCUGGACUGACCGAGGAGCUUGAGGCUGUUGAGAUGCAGCUGGAGGGUCUGAAGCAGGAGAGGACGAGGCUGCAGCACAUCCUGGAGAAUCAGAAGUUUACUCCAGCUGAUAUUGAACGCAUUAAUCGAGAGAGGAAUGAACUACAGCAAACCAUUCACGGCUUAAGCCAGAGCCUAGAGGAGGGGGAGCAGCUGGUUUGGAACGAGGAGGUCAACCUGUCUAAAACCAAAGAGAAGGCGGAGUUGAAAGUUGCUGAGUAUAAUAAACUGGGUCGUAAGCUAAAGCUCAUCCCGCUAUCAGCAGAGAAUGCCUGUGGUCAUGACUUUGAGAUCAGAGCUGAUUACAGUGCCACUACCAUUACACAAUACAAGACACAGAUACAGAAUCCUCUGAAGAACAUGAUGGUUGAGGUGGAGGAAGAAUUCAGCAGACUCUCUAAUGUAAAUCUGAGUUUGGAAGAGACUGUUGAACAGGUGAAGUCCAACAUCUUUGAUAAGGAGAACGACAUUAAGCAGCUUAAGGAACAGAUUCGCAAAGUCGACCAGCAGCUGGAGAAUGCCAUGCAGGAAAUGGCGCUGGAGGAUGACAAGUGGGCAGCUGAAUUGGACUCUGCCGAAACUCAUAAGAAGCUUUUUGAAAAGAAUGUAAUGCAGGGGAUUGAGGAAGCUGAAGAGGAAGUCAAAGCUGCCCAACAACAGUAUCACGUCGUCGUGCAGGAAACUAAUGAGAAGAAUCGCAUGGUGGUCAAGAAUAUGACUGAUCUCUUCAGUUCCACAGUAAACCACCUGUUUGCUGUUGAGAAACACUGUGAUGAGCAGUUGAAAAGGUUUGACAAGCUGAAGGAUAUCGUCCGUGAGGAUGAGGCUGACAUUAACCAGCUCACAGAUCUGGUGGAAAACUUCAUUAAGAAAGCCAACAGCUUGUAAUGCUUAACUGUCCUGUUUUGUAAAUACUUUUACUAUUAGACUAAUUUACUGAUUCUAGCACCACAGAAACGUCUUUAAAUACAGAAUCAAAUGUUUUGUAUUUAUCCUGUAUUUACAUCA